UAAUGUUCCCAGUGACAGAAUCCGACAAACAAUGUGUUGAAUGGUGAAGAUCCAACUAUCAUGAUAACAAUAGAGGAAAAUCAACUGAGAUGAUCACACCCUUGGACGAGAAACCACUGUCAUGACAGGAAUACGAUAAUGUCGUUUAGGAAACAUGGGACUAAGGGUAACGUGGACUACAAGGCGCGUUUGGAGCACAAAUUGUAUCUAGCUAGGGAGACACCGGAACCAAUUUUCGAUGUUUCUGAUUGUGGAUUGAAGAGUGUUCCAUCGGGGGUGUACUCGUUGUGCAAGGUUUUCAGGAAAAGGGAGCUUAAACUUGGAAAAAAUCGACUCUCGUCAUUGACAGGGGGUGGUGCUCUCAGUGAUCUUUCUCUUCUCACUGUCCUUGACCUCAGUGAUAAUGAAUUCACGAGUUUACCCUCGGAAAUUUCUUUUCUCACGUCUCUAGAGGAAUUGUAUCUGCAAAAUAAUGGUUUAAGAAAGCUGCCGGAAGAGUUGACAGAGCUUCCCAAUUUAAUUUCAUUAAAUCUCUCCAACAACAAGUUGAAAUCGUUACCGGAGACGAUGGGGAACCUGAAGACUCUAAAUAUCCUCGACAUCAGCAAGAACCAGGGGAUCACUCAGCUUCCAAAGUCCCUGGCUCUUGCUGAGCGUCUGGUGCAUGUAAAUCUGGAUGGAUUGACUCUGAGUUAUCCACCAGAUUAUGUCACCCAGGGUGGGGCAAUAGCAAUUAUUGCCUUUCUGGCUCUCGAGUUAGGAUUAGACUCCAGGGCAAGGGAUGAAUUUUUAGACGGCCAGGUGGAGAUGGGAAGAUUGAAAUUCGACGAGUCGGAAAAUUGUGGCACUAAGAAAGACGACGACGUGCAGGCAACAUUAACGAAGCUAGACAGAGAAAAGGAGCGAAGACAGAAUGCGUUAUUGGAAGUCGAGAGGAUGAUAAGGGAGCAGCAAGAGUAUGAACUGGGGUUGCAAUCGAUGUAUAAAGAUCAGAGAAAAAAAUUACUGGAGGACUUGGCCAUCCAGCAGUCGAAAUUAGCGGAGCAAAUCGAGAAGGUUCAGCAGGAGAGGGAAGUCAAUAGGGUCAGAUUACUUUCAGGUAUUUACGAUGCUGAGAGAGAAGCUGAUAAUGUUAUCAAAGAGUUUUUGAGGAGCUCUGAGGCUGAGAGGCAAGCACAAGCUGAACUCCACGAGCGUGAAAUCAAAGAGGAAUUGGAAUUGCUGUCCCAGUGUCACUCCGAUCAGUCUAGCUGCAGAACACGAGAGACUCUCAUUGCAAUGGAAGAAUUACUGGAGAAGGAACUCCUGAAUCAGAAAAAGGUCGAGGAAUACACGAAAUUUCGAGAGUGCACAGCUCAGUCAUUACUCAGUCUCGAGUUGAGAAGUAACGAGCACCUGGCAUCAGUAGCUAAGGACCAGAAGAGAGAUCGAGAGGGGCUUCUGGAGAGACUGAGAAAGGAUGAAGUCCUCCAGAAAGCAGCCCUUGCAGCACUCCUGGAGAGGAGUGAUGCUAGAUCGUGGAGUAUCGUGCAACAAGUUAAUCUUGUCCAAUCGCAAUUAGUGGUGCUGACUAAUAUCGAACUUGAGAGGAAGAAACUGGAAAUUAAUCAACAAAUCAAUGAUAUUGCUCAAAGGAGAGUAAUUUUAAGUGGAAUCCUGGAGAGCCUUCUGGCGCAACAAGAGAAAAGACGUGCAGAACUCCUGGAGACGAUAAAUCAAAUUGAGCAGCAAAGACAGACGAGGAGAGACAGUUUAUUCUGGCUGAUGCAGUAUCAGUCCCUGAUGGACCAGCGACCCCAGGGCCUGCUUGAGGGCCUGGAGCCUACCCUAGUGAGGCACGUAGCCAUCGCUGGAGCUCUACACUGCCUACCAUUCCUGGCAUCUUUGCCGUCAAUGCUACCUCACGUCGACCACCAGCAAUUGGAAGAGAUUGGUAUUCACAAUGAGAACGACAGGCAAGCGAUAAUACUCGCCGCUGAGAAUUAUCUAGCCGAGAGGAAAAUGGAUGAGGAACCGGGAUCAUCGGCACCCACAGCACCUGUCGAUGAGCCUUCUACCAGCAGUACAAAUAUCCUCACGAGGACUAUAUCCAGUAUCGAUACGACUGAGUGUGUAGUCUGUAUGGAUUCACAAUGCGAAGUAAUUUUUUUGCCAUGUGGGCACUUAUGUUGCUGUGCAACAUGCUCAAAUAUGGUAACAACCGAAUGCCCUAUGUGCCGCGGCUCUAUACAGCGCAAAAUUCCAGUCAUAAAGCCUUGAAACAAAAACUACGAAAUGAAUUGAGCAUUGUUUUUAAAAUUUCACUACGUCACGCUUCACCGUUGAAUUGCUUGGGGAUUAAUUUCCCGUUGGCUUUUUAUUACAAUUAGAUAAUCGAGUACGAAGUGAGAUGAGAAUUUUCAAAGUUAUUGCCACGUGAUUUUAUACCAUUGUAUAUCAAGUACCUCAUUUUUUCUUCGAAUUGUCGAGUACAGUUUUCCAAUAUCGAGAAUUUUACACGAAUUGUAUACUGCUUCCACGUGAUUGUAAACCAAGUGGUAUUGACUUUGUUAUCAUGUGCCUACCGUUCAUUUUAUGGGAUUAUUAUUUAGAUUAGGAGAGGCAGACUAGCACAUUUAAUAUCAAUUAUUGAUUGUAAAAUUCAACUUAUAACUGAUGAAUAAGGGGAUAAGAAUGAGUUUCGAGCCUAAAGCACAAAUUAAUUAAACUGUUCAUUUAAUUGAAUAAAAAAAAAUUCUAAAGGA